GUCGUAAGAACGCCCUUAACAUUCCAUGUUGAAAAUUUGUAAACGUUGAAUCGAAUUGUAAACACUCGCACAAUUCGCUUUACUAAAGGGUGAAUUAUUGCUUUUUCUUCGAGUUGGAUCUCAUAUCUAUAUUUGAUAACAAGUUUGUGUCAAAAUAACGAGAAUAGAAACGUUUUACGUUUUUUAUCUACUCACUUUCGGCAAGGAAAUACAUUGUGGUAUUCAAUACCUAUCUCAACGUUUUCAAAAUGCCUGUUCGUGGAGGUGACUCUAGACCUUACGAAGCUCGCGGUGGCAGUGUUCGUAGUGGACACCACUUUUCUGGUUAUGGAAGACCAAAAGAACCGAGUUCGCCUACUUCUGACCACUCUGAAGGUUUUGUUGUUGAGGCUGCGGUAGUUGCUCGAGAACCAGUGACGACAUUUAAACUUUCAGAUAUGGAAAAACAGACCAUCGUUCUUGAGAAGGCAGCCCCAAACCAAGGUUUUGGUAUAGCUGUCUCUGGUGGGCUGGAUAACCCACAUUAUGAGACUGGCGAUACGUCCAUAAUUGUUUCUGAUGUUGUUGAUCGAACUCCUGCAGAAGGACUACUCAGAAUAAAUGAUGUCAUACUGAGUGUGAAUGGCGUUAAUGUUGAAGGAGUAGAACAUGCUGUCGCUGUAGAGGCCUUGAAAAAUAGUGGAUAUUCUGUCACACUGGUUAUCUUGAGAAAAAAACCAAGUAUAUCUUCCACAAUACCAUACAUUCAAGAGCAUCCGUCACAACCUACUUUUUAUGAAACAUAUAAAGGACAAAGUUAUGGUCUUUCUCUUGGAACAAUUUUAUUCAUCAAAGAUUUGGAUCCUGCUGGCCCAGCUGGUCGAGAUGGACAGUUGGAAGCUGGCGAUGUCCUUCUUCAGAUCAAUGGCAUGAAGGUUGAAGAUUUAAGUAGAUCUGAGGCCGUUAAUUUGAUGAGAAGUUCUCCCGAAAGAUUGAAUCUUAUUGUUGCUCGCAAUAAAGACGUAUCAUUGAAUAUGCCUGGAAGACGUGCUGGUGUAAGUGAGACGAUUUCAAUGUCAAGAAAUCCCAAUAUUGUUGAGGGGGGAAUUAGUGUAAAUGGACAGGAUCUUGCAGGACAUUGGCAAAAUGAUGGUAUAGAUGGUGCUUGGAGUAACACUCUUCAAAGCACAGCGACCUACAGUGUAUCGAGUGUCGGCAGACGAAGCGACGAUCGUGAUAUUGACGCUCAAAAAGAUAAAAAGUUUCGAGGAGAACCACAUCUUGUGUCCUUUCAUCGCACCGGAAGCAGUCUUGGAAUACAAGUCUCUGGAGGGAACGCAGUUGGAAUAUAUGCUAACGCUGUUAAAGAUGGAAGCCCAGCUAAGUUAGCAGGUCUUCGAGUUGGCGAUCAAAUAUUGGUGGCAAAUGAAAUUGAUUUUAAAGAAAUCACUCGCGAAGAAGCUGUUCUUUUACUCCUUUCAUUACCAGAAGAAGUCAGCUUACUUGUUCAAUAUAAAAAGUCAGUUUAUGAUCGCACUAAAGAUUCGCCUGGUGAUUCGUUUUACGUUAAAGCACAAUUUCAAUAUACCGGUGGAGAUGAUGAUGAACUGUCAUUCAGAAGAGGAGAGGUCUUCCAUGUACUUGAUACGAUGAACGGUGGUACUAUAGGAUCUUGGAGAGCACAGAGGGUGCUACAAAGUGGUGCUGAGACUGAAGUUGGCAUAAUACCCAAUAAAUGCAGAGCUGAGCAGCUGGCCAUUGCUCGAGAUUUGGAAACAAAGAAGGGCUCUGGUGGUAAAUCAAAAUCAGGAACUUUGAAAAGAAAAGAUACAAAAAAUGGAACUGCCAGAAAGAAGCAAUAUCAAGCUGCAGAUCAACUUGACGAGAGCUCAUUUCAACUUGAUGUUAAAUACCCAGCUUACGAGAGAGUUGUCAAACAAAAAGCUGGGUUUGUUCGUCCUGUUGUGCUUUUGGGACCAAUUGCUGACUUAUGUCGCGAUAGACUCAUGGUUGAAUUUCCCGAAAAAUUUACUUCACCAACGACAUACGGUCGUUUCGAUGCCAAGCAAGGGGGAAUCAAACUCAGUGCAGUUCGAGAAAAUAUUGAAAGCGAUAAACAUAGUCUUCUUGAUGUUACCCCAGAAGGUGUUGAAAUGUUAAACUAUGUUGGUUUGGAACCUAUAGUCAUAUUUAUGAAGCCAAACAAUAGACAGAUCAUAAAAGAUCUUCGUUACGAUUUGACCAAGAAGAAUCAUUCGGCAAGAUUUAUUAAGAAACUUUACGAUCAAUCGGAAACUUUGACAUAUGAUUUUCCAUAUUUGUUUACAGCCGUAAUUACUUUUGAACGUAAUGACAAAUGGUACACUGACUGUGUCGAGAUCAUCAAGAAACAACAGGAAAAUCCUAUAUGGCUACCUGAAACAGUUAAGGAGCAAUCUGAUAAUGGUGAACUGGUUCUCCAAAGGCCACGACAUUCUGUGGUUUAUGAUACGGAUCAAAGUGGAUUGGAUUUACCCGAGGAUGUCGAUCGUAAAUCUGAUGAUAAACCACGAACUCCUGACGAGGAAAUUGUUGCGGCGAAUGCUACACUUCAGGAAUCUGAACCUGGGCCAGUUGAACAGGCGUACAGCAUUGUAUCACGUGAAAGACACGAUGACGAAGAAUUCAUAAGAAAUCAAGAACAAGGAACAGAUUUACGGGAGCGCGAUUUUGAAAGGCUGGAGGAAGAAAGGGGAAGAGAGCUCCUACGGAAACAAGAACAAAGAGAGUUUCAACGUCGACAAGGAGACGAGAGAGAGUUUCAACGUCGACAAGGAGACGAGAGAGAGUUCCUAGAGCAACGAGAAGAAAGAGAAUUCCAACGUCGACAAGAAGAAGAAGAGGAGUUCCAUCGUCGACAAGAAGAAAGGGAGUUUCAACGUCGUCAAGAAGAAGAAAGGGAGUUUCAACGUCGACGAGAAGAAGAGGAGUUCCAUCGUCGACGAGAAGAAGAGGAGUUCCAUCGUCGACGAGAAGAAAGGGAGUUUCAACGUCGACAAGAAGAAGAAAAAAUGUUCCAACAUCGACAAGAUAAAAGAGAUUUCCGGCAGCCAGAAAAAGGACGGGAAUAUCAGAAAGAUGAUAAUGAUUACGAUCGGCAAAUGGAGCAACGAAAAUUUGAACUAAAUGAGUACGAAAAAAAUCGUAGACGUUACGAUGAUGAGCCACAACGAGAGCAACGAAAACCUUUUAUCCCCCCUGGUGUAAAAGUUCUUCCCGGCGCCCUUCCCCCCGUGGUAAAUUUGAAGAAAACUGAUUCCUUUUUAAAGAGAGGUGAGAUUUUCGGGGACAGUUCUCAACAAACUGUUCAACUCCGUCAUGUUGAAAGGCGAGAUUCCGAAGCUGAGCAUUAUGAUGAAAGAAUUGGAGUGAAGGUUUCAGAUAUCUUUGACGUGAGGAAAGAUUUUCGCAUAGGAGAAGAUGAGUACGACGAGCAGGAGGAGAGAAGUACACAAAGAGGAGAAGGCAAUCGCUAUAGAAGUGAUAAUGAGAAUGAUGAUGCGGGAUUCUCACGAGACCCGCAAGACUCCCGCGUUGUAAUCGCGCAAGAUGAUGACAUGCGCGAUGAGUAUAAUCAGGAAGACGUGGUUAGAAGUCACGCGAAACCUGACGAAGCAGUCGUCGAUGAUUUUGAUGAUUUCAGCUCACAACAAAAUGUUGGUACUCGUACCCAGACUUCCACCGAGUAUAGGACAAGUUACCAGGUGACGAAGCAAUCACGUAAUCCCGUGAUAGAUUCACGUGAUGGACGCAGAGUAGAAGGUGGUGAUUAUUAUACAGGAAGAUCUCGUUCAAAGAUUGGGAAUGUAGAUGAGGAUCAUGGAGGAGAAAUGUAUCGAAGAAAUGAGGAACCUCCUUUGAAGAUGGACUACGAAAGUCGAGUUUCCAACGAGCCUUCUUUCUAUGACCGUCGACCUCCAUUAACACGUUAUGAUGACGAUAAUACUAACAGACGGCCACCCCCACCUGCCGAUGAUGAACCUUACAAAAGACCACCCCCACCUGCCGAUGAUGAGCGCUACACAAGACCACCCCCACCUGCAGAUGAGGAAGCUUACAGGAGACCACCCCCUGUUGAUGAUGAAGCGUACACAAGACCACCCCCACCUGUGGGAGAUAAAUCGUACCGCAGACCAGCCCCACCUGUCAGAGAUGAGUCUUUCAAAAGAUCCAAAGCCUUUUCGAACACAUAUUCUCGUUCAUAUGGUCCUCAAUCAUCAAUGCAGCACUCCGAAUAUCGCCGAAAUACAACUGAAUACAACGGUAAUCGACAUUACAACGGUGAUUAUCAACAAGCAGUACCAGAAGCAUACCAUUAUGGUAGUACAGCUUAUCGUUACCCAGCAACGGACUUUGACGAUCCUCAUGGUGAUGCAACAAGUGAUUUUGAAUCUGUUACUGACGAUGAGCCGUCAGUCGUUGCAACGGCACGCGGUUAUUUCACUUCACGUGGAGGUAUUCUGACCUCAGAGAACACUGGAGUGAGUAUCUAUAUUCCAUCUGGUGCCAUUCCUCCCGGCAUUGAGCAGGAAAUUUAUUUCAAAGUUUGUAAUGACAACUCCAUAUUACCUCCUUUGGACGCAGAAAAAGGCGAGACUCUCCUCAGUCCUCUGGUCAUGUGUGGACCACACGGUACAAAGUUUCUUAAAGCAGUUGAAUUACGAUUACCUCACUCGGCUGCAAUGACGUCAGAAGGAUGGUCAUUUGCACUCAAUUCCAAUGAUGACGAACAAGAUAAACCGAAGAAUUAUACUGUUGGCAGUAACAGUGUUUCUGUUCUUGUGGAUCAUUUUUAAAUAUCAUCAAAUCAAAGAGGAACACUACUUGGAUGCUUUUUGCGAUUUAAAUACUGUUCAUAUGUUAGAAAUUUUUUUAUGCAUUUGUGGGGAGAUUGUAAUGAUUUUAUCAUUUCUAAAUUUUUCUAUUUUUGAUAUGACAGCGACAAAGUUGUCGAUGGAUUAUGUCAUAGAUUAGAACGAAAUUUUUUAUAAAGCAAAUCACAUACUGAGUGUAAUAGACAGUGUAUUUUAAUUAGAUAUUUUAAUAUGUACCUAACUACACUUAAAAUGAUAAUAUUAAAAAUGGGUAAUUAAUCUUCA